UUUUAUUUAGGACAAAGACAGAUAUUCGUUGAAAAGUCUAACAAUCGUACUUACUAAUCGAAAAAUUAAUUUCUCUGGAGCGUGCCAAUGAUGAAGUUUAUUUGGAUGCCAAUUUAUUACAUUAAAUAAAAUUUAUUAAAUCUGAAGAAAUCUUUUCCUCGGUGCAUCUUUCGAUUUUUCCCACGCGCGGGAUCCUCCGAGAAAUCGAAACGUCGUUCCUUGCGUCGUUCGCGUCACCCAAGACUUUCCCAAGGCGCUACAUUGUUGACAGUAGUAGCGGAGAAGGCCGGCAGAGACGGUGUUUCGGAAGUGAGGAUACGCGACGACCGCGCCAAGUGACGAGCACCUGUAUCUGCCAGGCGGCGCGACAGACCGAGGGAUAUUCCCGCGCUGCUGACCAAGUAACCAGAAGGCCGCCCAUGAAACGGGACCUUAACAAGUACCACAAUACUUCGGCGAGCGAGACCUCCUCGAAACCGGAACAAGGGACGUCGCGGGAUCAUCACGAGAGGCCAACCGAGGACACGUUGAAUGGGAAAAUCGUCUUUCCAUCGAACGAUGACUCGUUGCCGAGUCGACGACAGAACGUGGGAACGCCACCGGUCUGCGAGGACAGCACAUUUUGCGAGAACGUCAGCCAAUAUCCCACGCAGUUGGUGGACUUGGCGCUCCAGCAGAACAGCAGCCUCAAGUUCCUGAUGAAUGUCGAUGUGGUCGACAUAGCCCAGAGGAUAAACGACUCGCCCGACGAGAUAGCGCUCUGCACCGCCAGCGAAAGGCUAGUCUACCCGCAGACCGCGAAGAGCACUCGCAAGGAAUGGCUGUACGUCGUGAACCAGGACAGCUAUAAGCAGGGCGUGCGCGUCGAGGUCUGCAGCGACCAGGAUGGGCACUGUAACGUGAUCGACGGCUUCUCUAACAACUACCAGACCUUCUGCAAGCAGAAGUACGUUGCCCGCGAGUUGGUGGCGUUGAGUCCCAACGGGGCAGCAGUCUUGGACACGUUCCUCUUCCCAGCGAGCUGCUGCUGCUACCUCACGUCCACCGGCGGCCAGGCCGCAAGAUCGGCGGGAUAAGCGGACUGGCGAAGAGAGAAGGAGGGAAGUUAAUACAAAAGAAUGGUGGUGCGUUCGUAAGUACAGGACGGAGAAAUGCGUCGUCACCCUCGUCAUGCGUUUUCUGGCGGAAAUACAUCCUGAGAAAGGAAAGAAAUCACAGUAGCCACGAUCUUGAAAUUCGAUCUCACCUACGUAACAUCCCCGGAAACAAGAAACGUUGAGUCGAUCUUUCGAAUUGAUCUCAUGUGGAUUUUAUAAACGUUUUUAAACUGUUACUUGGUAAUAUUAUGUUCUUAAAUAUUAAAAUCAUGGUAUAGAAACAUUAUUUUUAAUGUUUCGAUCAAAUAUCGUUAACAAUGACGUUGUAUGCAGCAUUGAGAAUUACAUAUUUGAAGACAUUACGUAUUAUAUCAUUGUAAUAACAUUGCGUUAACGAUUUCUUGCUUACAAGGACUAUUCUGUUAAUUGGCACGAUUACGCAUAGUGAAUAGAUUUAAUCGCAGCGAUGAGAACUUCGCGACUCUCCCUUUCGAUGAAACAAUUCUGCGUUGCGAUACGUACUUCUUCCUCUCGUUUGAUCCUCUUGAAUGGAACAAAAACUGAAAAUAGAAAGUGGCCUUGAAUUGAAGGAAAAGAAGUCGAGAAGGAAACAGACGAGACAACCGGGAUUAACUUCGCAAGGUAUUCCUUUCCCUUUGUGUAUCUCCGCCGAACGGGGGGGCGCCAAAUCUCUUUUUGUGGCGAUACUCAUAGUCGGAUCUUGAGAUAUAACAUGGUCUUAAAUUCAUCUUCAGGAACUGUAGGUCGUCUCAUCGGCUACAAUCUGAAGACGAACUUGAAAUGGUUAUAGCAUGAAAUGCGUUUUUUAAAAUCCGUUGAAAUUUGUACUAUGUAUAAAUUCAAAAUACGACCUAGUUAUUAGCGCGAUUACAAAAAGAUUGAUUAUUCGGAAUCCGAGAAAUUGGCAACCAAAGAUGACAUUUUUUAUAUGUACUCCUUAUAUUUAAUAGAAAUUAUUCUCCCAAAUUACAUCUAAGACUUUUUUUAAUAAAAAAUGACUGUAAUAUUAAGGAUUAAUAUAAGGAUAUUGUACAAAAAUUUCAGAAUACUGAUCGUUUUGAAAAUAUAGAACAACAGGAUAUAGGAAAUUUACAGAAACUUAGAGAAA